AUGGCACCUACGCGGAACGUGCUGCACAAGUCCGGCCCGACCGAAGCGGACACCGGAUCUCUGCUCUCACCGAUCAACUACGACGACGAUGCCAGGUCACUGCACAGCCGCAGCGACCAGGACACCGACAGCGAAGAUGACGAGCUGCAAAUGAACGCGAGGAACAGCCGAGAGCUCCGCGCUCACGACCGGAUAAUGCUGAUGGAGGAGGAGGAAGUCGAGCACUUGGUGACCAAGUCUCGGAAAGAGAAGGAGUCGGGACUCGGCAUAGGAAAUCCGUUUGCGAUAUUUGGGAGGAAAACCCAGGACCACGAUGAAUCUCCGAACACUUCCACCGAGAACUUUGCCGAGAGGAGACGCCGGCGUCGCGCUCGAAGGCGAGAGAAGAAACGGCGAUUGAAGGAACAGGCCGCGCACGGCGAAGAUGGCGAAUUGAUGUACGAGAUGGAGGAGGGCGGUAUGAAGGACGGCAGCUCCACCGGCGAGAGCAGCGAAGACAGCGAUGUCAUGGACCAGAAAGAGAAGCACAUGAAUACCAUCGCACACGCAAAGGCCGAGCGGAAGCGAAGCUGCUGUCGCUGGAUCCUCAUCAAUAUCAUUGUCGUCAUCGCCCUCGCCGUCCUUGUAUUUGUCGCCUGGAGACUCACCAUCGACCGCAAACGAGUUAGUAUUGCGUCGAGGGUAUUUAGUAAUGGGACGGCGCUUUUCGGACCAACCACCCUCAUCAUCAGUCUCGACGGGUUCCGUCCCGACUUCCUUCAGAGAGGGCUUACACCUCGACUGAACGCCUUUAUCAAGGAGGGCGUUUCGCCGAAGUACAUGCUUCCCUCCUUUCCCUCCGUUACUUUCCCUAACCACUAUACUAUUGCUACUGGCCUCUACCCCGAGAGCCAUGGUAUCGUGGGAAAUACAUUCUACGACCCCGCCCUCGGUACAGACUUCCAUUACACGGACCCGGAGCGCAGCCUCGACCCCAAGUGGUGGAAAGGAGAGCCUUUCUGGGUGACGGCGGAGAAGCAGGGUGUGCGCACAGCUAUCCACAUGUGGCCCGGAAGCGAGGCUCACAUUCUCGGCAUCGAGCCAAGUUUCUUGGAUCAAUUCAACGGAAAGGAGGCGCUUCCCAAGAAGGUGGCGCGUGUCUUCGAGUUCCUUGACCUGCCUGGGAAGGAAAGGAGGGACGUCGACAUCAAGGAUACCCGACCCCAGCUCAUUGCCAUGUACGUCCCCAAUGUCGACUCAGACGGGCACAAGUAUGGCCCCAACAGCACCGAGGUCAACAGGACGAUCAAGGACGUCGACAACAUGCUGGAGGACAUCUUUCGAGGUCUCGAGCAGCGAAACUUGACCCAGAUUGUCAACGUCAUCGUCGUCUCCGACCACGGAAUGGCGACCACAGACGUCACCCGUCUCACCCAACUGGACGACCUUGUUGAUCUCGACAGGGUUUCACACAUUGACGGAUGGCCGCUUGUUGGUCUCCGGCCCAAAGACCCUAAUGAUCUCCGAUCGCUCUACGAGCAGGCACUCAACAACACCAAGGACAACCCUAACAUUGAGGUCUAUCUCCGCGACGAGAACAUGCCUAAACGCUACCACUUUUCUGACAACGAGCGUAUUGCGCCUCUUUGGCUCGUCCCCAAGACCGGAUGGGGAAUUGUCGAGAAGUUGGAAAUAAAUGUCGCCGAUGCCGUAGCUAAAGGCGAGGUUUACCAUCCUCGAGGCCUUCAUGGUUAUGAUAACUUGCAUCCUCUCAUGCGAGCUAUCUUUGUCGCUCGUGGCCCGGCAUUCCCGCACCCACCAAACAGCCAAAUUGAUGUCUUCCAAAACAUUAACGUCUACAACAUGCUGUGCGACUCUUUGGGCCUUCGCCCUGUACGCAACAAUGGCACUCUCCAUCUGCCGCUCCACACUGUCGGUUUGCAUGCCGACGAGGACUUUUCCGAACCGCUUUCUGACCCCGAAAUCACCCCAUCGCCGUCCAAGAGCAUCGGCGUUGAUCCCGUCUCCGUAUCCACCUCGCCGACAGCCGAGGUCGGCGCUCCAACCAAGGAGAAGCCGCCGCAACCGCCUCCGUCCGAGGAAGGGGAUGAAGACCCGACUGAGGAAGAGGAUGAGUCGCAGAUUGAAAAGGCCGAGUCUGCUAUCAAAGACUUGUGGGAUUGGCUCACGGAGAAGAUUGGAGGCAUCUGGGACAGUGUUACUGGUUCCAGCUAA